UUAUUUUGGCUCCUCCCACUUCCGCUGCACAGGUGAGUCGUGCGUGACGUCAUCGGGCAUGAAAGGAGGAAACUGCGUUUGAUAGCCUAGUUUGUCCUUCUAAACUGGGUUCAAAUUAACGGAUACAGAUAUGUGUGAUUUCGACAAGCAGAAGGGCCCUGGACGGCUGAUGAAGAAAGGAUUGACCCUUAUUGUCAUCGGCCAUGUUAAUUUCAUUCUGAGUGCCAUCGUCCAUGGCAGCGUGUUACGCCACGUAUCCAAACCCAGUAAUGAGAUCUCAACAGAAUAUACCGUAUCAAACAUCAUCUCCGUCACUUCAGGACUGCUGAGCAUUGCAAGUGGAAUUGUUGCAAUAUUGGUGUCAAGGAAUAUUACCAACUUGAAGCUGCACAUCGGUCUGUUAGCGAGUUCCUUUCUGAACGCCUUUCUCUCGCUGGCGUGUUUAGUGGGGCUGGUUUUAGCGAUCAGUAUGACCAUUUCAGCUGAUGGGAGCACGCUCAUGAAAGGAUGUAAUUCCACUAACAUGCCUGUGAAUGCACGAUCUCCGGUCAUCGUCAACUGUCCUUUCGAUGCCACCCGCAUCUAUGACACAACUCUUGCUCUGUGGUUCACCUGUGCUACGUUGACCGCACUGGAGGCUGGACUGUCUGUGUGGUGCUUUAUUGUGGGUCUCCAGUUAAGAGGCAUCGGACCCUGUGCUCAAACCUACAUCAGAGAGCAGCUGGAAGCGGAGGCACUAGCAUCAGGAUCAAAGAUGGACCAAGACCAUACGACUCAAGGAGAGCGUCUCAUCGCACAUCACUCGGCCAGUGCGUAGAGAGACAGUCUCGAGGUUAGGGUUGAAGUUUAAUUAAACGCAGUGUAGUGCAACAGAUCAUAGUAGUAGUUAGUUACAUUCUGAAUCUAUAUCAAUUGAUAAUGGUAGAUGAUCUAAAGCACUGAGGUUAUGGUACACAAUCAGUUGAGCUCCAAUCAGAUAGAGGUUUGGACUGUAUGUUUUCAAUGUUUUCAGUCCACACAUGUAAUUAGGCCGAAAACAUCUUUAUAUCCAUGAUGUUGUUUUCUGAAACUGUAUCUGGAGUUAUGUUUUGUGGUUCCUGUUUACAUUAAAAUCCAACUUGUGCAUAAUUUCAAAAUUAACCUGAUGAUUUUUCUAAAGUGACUAUUUGUAUUAUUUUUUAUAUGAGAUGUUAUUGUGCUUGCAAUGUUGAAUAUACCAAAGAUAUUUUCGUUAACUUGAAAGCAGCUGUUUUAAUAGCUAAUGUGCCACAGACUGAGCUCUUUAUAACCCGUAAUCAUUCAGAUAUUCCAGUAUGCCAUAUAGAGAGUGUGAUAAUCCAUUAUGAUUAAAUGAUUUCCCUCUACAUGAUGCAUUAUAGUUCAUUUCAAAAGACUGUGUUUGUGUGUUUAGAGAACUGUAAUUUUGUUUCAUUCCUGACGGAUUAUUCAAAAGUCCCUCAUUUCAGUUCAGAGAGCUAAAGCAUUGCUGUCUACGUUUCAUUUUUAUUACUGUUUAACACUGUGGUAUGUUGUUAUCAAUGUGCAUUAUAUUUGAA